AUGGAGGUGGUUCAGAGCCUCUGCUGCUACUGGCCCAGACCAGCCCCUUCAGUACGGACCAGGCCAGGGGGUCCUGAGCCCAGACCAGACCCUUCGGUACGGACCAGGCCAGGGGGUCCUGAGCCCAGACCAGACCCCUCAGUACGGACCAGGCCAGGGGGUCCUGAGCCCAGACCGGCCCUUUCAGUACGGACCAGGCCAGGGGGUCCUGAGCCCAGACCAGCCCCCUUCGAGUACGGACCAGGGCCAGGGGUCCUGAGCCCAGACCAGACCCCUCGGUACGGACCAGGCCAGGGGGUCCUGAGCCCAGACCAGCCCCUUCAGUACGGACCAGGCCAGGGGGUCCUGAGCCCAGACCAGCCCCUUCAGUACGGACCAGGCCAGGGGGUCCUGAGCCCAGACCAGACCCUUCAGUAUAGACCAGUCCAGGGGGUCCUGAGCCCAGACCAGACCCUUCAGUAUAGACCAGUCCAGGGGGUCCUGAGCCCAGACCAGACCCCUCAGUACGGACCAGGCCAGGGGGUCCUGAGCCCAGACCAGCCCCUUCAGUAUAGACCAGUUCAGGGGGUCCUGAGCCCAGACCAGCCCCUUCAGUAUAGACCAGUUCAGGGGGUCCUGAGCCCAGACCAGACCCCUCAGUACGGACCAGGCCAGGGGGUCCUGAGCCCAGACCAGCCCCUUCAGUAUAGACCAGGCCAGGGGGUCCUGAGCCCAGACCAGACCCUUCAGUACGGACCAGGCCAGGGGGUCCUGAGCCCAGACCAGACCCUUCAGUACGGACCAGGCCAGGGGGUCCUGAGCCCAGACCAGACCCUUCAGUACGGACCAGGCCAGGGGGUCCUGAGCCCAGACCAGACCCCUCAGUACGGACCAGGCCAGGGGGUCCUGAGCCCAGACCAGCCCCUUCAGUACGGACCAGGCCAGGGGGUCCUGAGCCCAGACCAGCCCCUUCAGUACGGACCAGGCCAGGGGGUCCUGAGCCCAGACCAGCCCCUUCGGUACGGACCAGGCCAGGGGGUCCUGAGCCCAGACCAGACCCUUCAGUACGGACCAGGCCAGGGGGUCCUGAGCCCAGACCAGCCCCCUCAGUACGGACCAGGCCAGGGGGUCCUGAGCCCAGACCAGCCCCCUCAGUACGGACCAGGCCAGGGGGUCCUGAGCCCAGACCAGCCCCCUCAGUAUAGACCAGGCCAGGGGGUCCUGAGCCCAGACCAGCCCUCUGUAGCAGAGCUCUUCCACCAGCUGACGGUUUCAGAGACAGAAGAGUUGCUGUUCAUCCAGCUACCUGAUACUAUCCCUGGCCAGCCAACCACAGCAUCCGCCCCGAGCCAGCCAACCACAGCCCCCGGCCAGCCAAUCAUAGCCCCAGAGAAAAAUGCUAAAAAAGACUCCAAGUCCGAUGGCAAGCGCUCCUCUCACAUUAAAGCACCAGACCCUGCUGGUAAAGACGUUCCUGUCCUGUCAGAGUUCACAGAGGGGUUUCUGGGUAAACUACAGAUCAGGAAGUCUGGCAAGGUGCAGCUGCUGCUGGGAGACAUCACUAUGGACGUCUCUGAGGGAGCCGCCUUCUCUUUCCUACAGGUAGGUUAAUAUAAUAGUUACCCAGGACAGGGUUAGAUGGUGUUGGGAGACAUCACUAUGGACAUCUCAGAGGGAGAGGCCUUCCCCUUCCUACAGGUAGGUUAAUAUAAUAGUUACCCAGGACAGGGUUAGAUGGUGUUGGGAGACAUCACUAUGGACAUCUCAGAGGGAGAGGCCUUCCCCUUCCUACAGGUAGGUUAAUAUAAUAGUUACCCAGGACAGGGUUAGAUGGUGUUGGGAGACAUCACUAUGGACAUCUCAGAGGGAGAGGCCUUCCCCUUCCUACAGGUAGGUUAAUAUAAUAGUUACCCAGGACAGGGUUAGAUGGUGUUGGGAGAC